CUCAUUCCAAAAUGGCGUCCUCAGAAAUUCGAAGAGAUGAUGGUAGUUUAGUGGUUGUUGGAGACAGAAUAGUUAGUGAAGACCAUUAUGCUACUAUUAAAUAUAUCGGUGAAGUCCCACCAACUAAAGGGGAAUGGUUAGGGGUAGAAUGGGAUGAACCAGACAGAGGAAAACAUGAUGGAAAACACAAUGACAAACAAUAUUUUACUACCAAGCAUGAGACGUCUGGUUCAUUUAUCCGAUCACAGAAAGUUGAUUUUGGUAUAAAGUUUAUGACAGCUGUUAAAGAUAGAUAUGGUCUGAAGACAGAAGAUGAUGCAGGUGUAGUGACUAAUGAACUCUAUGUACUCAAUAAGAAUAAUAAGACAACAGUAGUAGAAAUGGUGGGAGCUAAGAAACUGAACAUGAAACAAAGUAAACUGGAAGAUUUAAAAGAAGUGGAUGUUAAAUCAAUGUUUGUAUAUGGAGCAGGACAGGAUGAUAUUGCGACCUUGACCCCCAGAAUAGAAAUGUUGAAUCUGGGUCAGAAUCUUGUAUCGUCAUGGAAACAUGUAGGAGAUAUUACCAGACAACUGCCAAAUUUAACAGAUUUAAUUCUAAGUAAGAAUAUGUUGACUGUACCAGAAAAUGUAGAUGAUCUUUGUCCACAUUUUACACACAUCAAAUCUUUAACUUUUAAUAAAACGUACUACACUUGGAAAGAUAUUUUAAAAUGUAGUAAGAUGUUACCAAGUUUAGACAGUUUAAGUUUUAGUUAUAAUGAAUUAUCUUCUCUUGUGGAUUCUUCCCAGUUUCUUCAAAAUUUAACUUUUUUAGCUUUAGAAAAUAACCACUUGAAACACUGGUCUGAAAUACUGCAUUUAGGACAAUUACCCAAGUUGGGUACUCUUGGUUUAAAUGAGAAUGAUAUAGAAUCAGUUAUAUUUCCUGAUUGUUUGCCAGGGGAGACUACAACUUUAUUUUCAUCACUACACACUCUUUAUCUUCAUAGAAAUAAAAUAUCAGAUUGGUCAUCCAUUAAUGAGUUGGGUAAAUUAAAAAAUUUAAAAGAAUUAAUGUUUUUAUUUAAUCCUAUUACUGAGAGUGAAACCAUGGAAACAGUACGACAGUUACAGAUAGCUAAAAUACCAACUUUAACUUUAUUGAACAGAACAGAGAUUUUAGCAGAAGAAAGGAAAGGAGCAGAGAUAGAUUAUUUAAAGAGAUAUGGUCAACAAUGGAGAGAUUCUGGAGGAAGUCAAGAUUCAGAGAAAAAUAAACCAAGUGAUGAAUUUAUAAAACAACAUCCUCGAUAUCAAUUUAUACUUGAAAAAUGGGGAGCCCCAGAAGAUAGUGAAUUAGUUCAAAAGUCUACAAAAUUAAAAGAUAACCUAGUCUGUGUUAAAUUAGAAUGUCCUCAGAAUCCCAGUAAAGGAAUAAUAGAGAAAAAAUUACCACAAACAAUGACAGUAGCUAAAGUACGAGGUCUAGUUCAGAGAUUAUUUAAAGCUGAUCCAUCUACAUUACAAUUAUCAUAUAAAAGUCAAAAGAUGGAUGGACCUAAUAUAGAAAUGGAUAAUGAAUUGCGGCAAUUGUCAUUCUAUUCUAUAGAAAAUGGUGACACAGUGGUAGUUAAAUGGUGACCACAGUUAAUAUUUAGUUGAAAGAUCUUCUCUUAUACAAACAUGUUAUUUAAAAAAGUGCUAGUACUCUACAAGUGUUGCAACAUGAUGGUUUAGUUAGCAGAGUCUCAAGUUAACCAAAUGACAAAACUUAGAAUAUCUGCAAAAUUCAGUUGAAUGAUAUUUGAAUGAUAAUUAUGUUCAUUCAAAAACUUUGUUUUAUUAUGAAUUAACCAGAAUAGACCUGUUUUGUGGAGCUGGGUCAUUGUCAUGUUUGCUAUGAACAUUCAUAAAUGGAUGAUGAUUUUUCUCUUAUUCCAAAGAUAUUUUGCGAUCCAGCAUUGUUUUAUCUUGCUUGUUAUUUUGUUCCAUAAUCAAAAACAUAAACUAUGAAUCUAUGGACUCGGCUCACAGCCAUUUUUAUCCAAGAUUAGACUAUUAACACUAAUGUUAACUAUUUAAUUGACUUUUUACAAGGAAAACUUUGGUGUAGUUAUCAAUGCCAUAUAAAUUUAAAUGUAUUUUUCCUUUUCUGAAAGCUUUGAAAUUACUGAUCUAUUGAGCAAGACUAAAAGGAUGUUUAUGGUCACAGCCUGUGAUAUUUAUUUAAUGAAUAAAAUAUAAAACCAAACC